UCAUCCGGGACCCAGUCACUGAAGAUCAUGAUGGCGUAUAUGAACCCGGGGCCUCACUAUUCGGUUAAUGCCUUGGCUCUGAAUGGCCCUGCUGUGGACCUGAUGCACCAGGCUGUCCCAUACUCAAGCGCUCCUAGGAAGCAGCGGAGGGAGCGAACCACGUUCACCAGAAGCCAGCUGGAGGAGCUGGAGGCCCUGUUCUCCAAGACCCAGUAUCCGGAUGUGUAUGCACGCGAGGAGGUGGCUCUCAAGAUCAACCUGCCUGAGUCCAGGGUCCAGGUCUGGUUCAAGAAUCGCAGGGCAAAAUGCAGACAGCAGCGACAGCAGCAGAAACAGCAGCAGCAGCAGCCCCCAGGGGGGCAGGCCAAGGCUCGUCCUGCGAAGAGGAAGGCAGGCACAUCCCCAAGGCCCUCCACAGAUGUUUGUACAGACCCUUUGGGCAUCUCAGAUUCCUACAGCCCAUCACUGCCUGGCCCCUCAGGCUCACCUACCGCGGCAGUGGCCACUGUGUCCAUUUGGAGUCCAGCUUCAGAGUCUCCUUUGUCUGAGGCCCAGCGAGCUGGGCUAGUGGCCUCAGCACCCUCUCUCACCUCAGCCCCCUAUGCCAUGACCUAUGCUCCUGCCUCUGCUUUUUGUUCUUCCCCCUCAGCCUAUGCAUCUCCAAGUUCCUAUUUCAGUGGGCUGGAUCCUUACCUUUCUCCCAUGGUGCCCCAGCUGGGAGGUCCAGCUCUCAGCCCCCUUUCAGGCCCCUCUGUGGGGCCAUCCCUGGCCCAAUCACCCACCUCCUUGUCAGGCCAGAGCUACAGCGCCUACAGCCCUGUGGACAGCCUGGAAUUCAAGGACCCCACAGGCACCUGGAAAUUCACCUAUAACCCCAUGGACCCUCUGGACUACAAAGAUCAGAGUGCCUGGAAGUUUCAGAUCUUGUAGAAGAGGCUACCCAUUCCCCCUUCCAGCUAAAGCACCCUCUCUGCCUCCUCCAGCUUAGAUUCCAGAGAGC